AUGGCUCGUCUCAUCUUCAUCAUAUUCUUCAUCAUUUCUUUCAUGGCCUCAAAAGCACACUCCAUAAACCAAACAGAUCUUCAACUUGCCAUAGAAGACAUGAGGUCCCAAUCUUACCAUGGAUUUGUAAUCCUCCUCAAAUUGUUAAACGCUUCAUCCUUCCCAUUCAAAGAUGUCACUCUCUUCAUACCAGGUGAUGCUGAAAUAUCAGCAUCUUCUUUUAACGACGUUACAGAUUUUAUUUUGCACCAUUCCAUCGCGAUGCCACUUACGUUCAAUGAACUCGCUCAUUUCCCAACCGGAUCCCUUGUACCGUCGGGGAUUGCUGAUCUGUUAAUAAAGAUUCAGAAUAGAGGAAGGGCUAAUUUUUCUAUUAACAAUGCUAAGAUUAUGGCGCCCAAUGUUUGUGUGAAAUCUCAGAUCAAGUGUCAUGGAAUUGAUGCAGUGAUUGCUUAUAACAGCAGCCUAAACAACAAUAAUAAUAAUGACAGUAAUAAUAAUGGUGGGCCUUAA